CAUGUGUAAAAUAAACAUUGUUAUCUUGAAAAUGACACACGCUGUGUAAAUGUAAAUGUAGAACAAGGUGUCAUUUGCAGGUUAGAGUAGUUUAGUCGAUUCAGCAUCGUUGAUCGUUUGUUGUUUAUGGUGUGGCCCAUCCCAGUUCGCUGUGAAUGUGUGUGCCGUUUCCAUAAGAAAAUUCUUUAUAAAAAAUUAAUGGAUAAUAUCUGUUGCUGAUAAAACUAAAAGGCGAGCAUGCCUGGUGAGAAAAAAAUGGCUGUUGAUAACGACUCAUCUCCUGCCAAAAGCAAGUCUUCGACUUUGGGUCGAAGCACAGGUAACACUUUGGCUCAUGUCACAAUGCUGGAUGGUACCGUUUUGGAUGUCAGCAUUGAGCGGAAAGCCAAAGGGAAAGACCUGCUCGAUAAAGUAUGCGAAGCGAUUAAUCUAAUUGAGAAGGAUUAUUUCGGUCUUGUCUACGCAGACAGACACGAUCCUAGAAACUGGUUAGAUCUCGACAAGAGAAUUUCGAAGUUUUUAAAAUCGGAGCCUUGGAAGUUUAGUUUCCAAGUGAAAUUCUACCCUCCCGAUCCCGCUCAACUCCAAGAAGACAUCACUCGCUACCAGCUGUGUCUUCAAAUCCGCAACGAUAUUUUAAGUAAUCGUUUGCCUUGUUCUUUUGUCACUCAUGCCUUGCUCGGUUCGUACCUUGUUCAGUCUGAAUUGGGCGAUUACGAUCCUGAUACUAUGGGACGCAAUUAUUUAAAAGAUUUUAAAUUUGCCCCCAACCAUACUCAGGAUCUAGAAGAUAAAGUCAUAGAGCUUCACCGAACCCACAAGGGACAAACUCCAGCCGAAGCAGAAUUGCACUACUUAGAAAACGCUAAGAAAUUGGCAAUGUACGGCGUUGACUUGCACCCAGCUAAAGACUCGGAAGGUGUCGAUAUUAUGUUGGGUGUGUGUGCUUCUGGUCUUCUAGUUUACAGAGACAGACUUAGAAUCAAUCGAUUUGCUUGGCCCAAAAUCCUUAAAAUUAGCUACAAACGCCACAAUUUUUAUAUAAAAAUCCGACCAGGAGAAUUCGAACAAUUCGAAUCUACGAUCGGUUUCAAGUUAGCAAACCAUCGAGCUGCCAAGAAGCUUUGGAAGACUUGUGUAGAACAUCACACUUUCUUUAGAUUGAUGUCCCCUGAAACCAACCAAAAGUCUUCUUUAUUCCCAAAACUCGGGUCCAAAUUCCGUUACUCCGGACGAACUCAUUAUGAAACUAAGAAAACUCCGAUUGACCGACCUGCUCCACAAUUCGAAAGAUCUUUAACUGGCAAGCGUUUAGCUUCCCGUAGCAUGGACCCUCUGGGAGGUUCGCAUCCUGAAGAUGACUAUAACGAGGCUAAUAAACGGCAUACAAUGUCACACCCUCCAGAACACAUUCCCGACAUUGACAAUCAAAGUCCGGCGAAAGUAAAAUCACCGAAAGAGAAGAAGGAGAAAAAAGAAAAGCUUGCUCGGAAAGGCAGUGGUGCCGGAUCGGCGGCUUCGAUUAGUUCUGGCAGUUCCGUGGAAGGAGAAUACGAAGCCGAGAAAAAUCAGAAGAAACCUAUCGGAGGCGUCGCUGUUUUACCUACUGGUAGUCUAUUCGGCAAGAAAAAAGAAAAAGACGAUAAGGAGAAAGAUAAAGAAAAUAAAGACAUCAAUGCACCUGAUCAGAAUGGCACUGAUGUUGAUCUCAAUUCCAGUGGUGAAGGCGAAACACCUGGAAAAGAAAAGAAAGAAAAAUCAAAGAGUCCCGGUUUCCUUUUCGGUUCUAAACGUGACAAAACCCCGAAAGAGAAGAAAGAAAAAGUUGCUGUUGCCGAGAAAACGCCAGAGAAAGGCGGUCCUCCUCUAGGUUCUCCACAACUUCCAGGCUAUACUCGCGAAUAUGAUUACGACGACGAACAAGGUACCCCGAAAAAACCCUUCACCCCUAUUGGAUUCAACUACGAACAACAGAACUCUCCGUCGAGCCCCAAGAGCGAUCCGGAGAGCCAACAAUCACCUUCGACAAAAAGAGCAACAGGAUUGGCUUUCAAUUACGCACCAGGUGAAGAAGAUAAACUUAAAAAACUCAGUCCCGGGUUUAAGGAUCCCAAGGCAGAUACUGCCGCGUUUUUGGCCGGGGAGCAAUAUAUGCAUGAGGCCCCACUCGAGAAAACUGCGAAACCUGGGGCUGCAGCCGCGACCCCCAUUCCGUCGGUUCCAGGAGCUAAAAAGAGGGUUGUUAAGUUGUUCGUUAUUACCGGAAAGAAGGAUCCUAAAACUGGAAGGAUUGACUUGGAAAAUGCGAGUGUUGAUGUAACUGAAGCUCAACAAAAUGUUGAGACUGGACUGAUUGAUUCCAAAUAUGGAUUACUUGAUCCUGGAAAUGGUACUGUUAUUAUCACUGAUCCGCAAAAUGGGCAAAAGGAAGUUGUUCAAGGUCACAUUGAUCCUAUCACUAAGCAAAUUAUUAUCACUUCGGGAUCAGUCAUUGAUCCGAAGUCGGGGAAAAGAGAUUCGACUUUGGGUCAAAUCAUUGCAAUUUCUGGCCAACAGAAACACCCAAUUACAAGUCCGCUGGCAAUAGCUCCCAAAAAGCGUGUGGUUAAAAUUACUGUGGUUACUGCGAAGAAGGAUCCGAAAACUGGCAGAAUUGAAGUCGAAAAAGGAACUACAGAAAAUCUGGAUGCUACCUUGGAUCCUAUGACGGGUCAUAUCGACACUAAAUAUGGAAUCAUAGAUCCGGUUAAUCAGAAAAUCGCCCAUAAAGACCCCAAAUCUGGAAAAACUGAUGUUCGUUCUAUUGAAAUUGACGCUAAUUUGGGCCAAAUCCUCGUCAAAGAUGGCGUAGUUGAUUCGAAAUCUGGAAAAAUUGAUAACAGUUUAGGACAGGUGAUUACCAUUACAGAAGAAGGUGACGCUAUCGUUCCGAUUACCGCUGUAACAGCAAAACGGGACCCCAAAACCGGUCAAUUGGACCCAACUCAGGCACAUAAGGAAACCACUAAUGGUAAAAUCGACAACAAACAUAACUUGAUCAUUACAAAAUACGGUUCCAUCGAUGUGAAAAAUAAAAAAAUCCUGACACGUGAUCCAAAGACAGGAAAAAUUGAGGAACGUCCAGUUCAAUUCGAUGCUCAAGACAACAUAAUCAUUUUGAGCGGGAUAAUACAUCCCAAAACUGGAGUUAAGGAUGAUAAUCUCAGUCAAAUUCUUCAAGUUGGCCCUGAAACUGAUCCAGAAGUGAAAAUUAUUUCAGUUUCUGGGAAAGUCGAUAAGAAAGGACUCGACCCGAAGAACUUAUCACCGGCGGAAGAAUCAACGGGAUUGUAUGACCCUGAUACCAAUAAAGUGUACACGAAAUAUGGCGUUUUUGAUCCUAUUGAAGAAACAUUAAGUUAUUUCGAUCCCAAGACUGGUAAAACCGAAAUCAAGCAAGGGCAGCGCGAUCCCAAUUCCGGUGAAAUCCUCUUUAAAGGAUUGGUUAAUCCUAAGACCGGUAAAGUUGACAACAAUUUUGGCAGAACGAUUAAAGUGGACGUCAAGGGACAGAAAGUUGAUCCUGCUGUUGUCAACCAACCGAGAUUUUUAGAUGAUGUUAAAAAACCAGUCGCUGUGUCUCCAGUCAAGUUACCGGGGCCGCCACCAUUUGUACCCAAAGAGAAGAACAAAAUGGUUAAAUUAUUGGUAAUAACGGCGAAAAGAGAUCCGAAAACUGGUCAUUUGGAUGUUGAGAAUGGUUAUGUAGACCAAUCGGCUGGUAUUCUACACCCAUCUGGUGAAAUCGAUUCGAAAUAUGGCUUAAUUGAUCCGAAAAAAGGCACGAUUACGUUUACAGAUCCUGCAACAGCCAAAAAAGAAACCGUCCAAGGACAAGUUGAUCCAGUUUCAGGACAAAUUCAAAUUAUUAACGGGCCAGUACUUGAUCCGAAAUCGGGCAAAAAGGAUAAUAAUUUAGGGCAGGUGAUCACAGUUGUCGGUUCUGGAGAAACUAAAGAACCAAAACAAGCAGUCAAAUAUGCUCUUAAGACGCAUCCGACCCCCAAGAAACGUGUCAUUAAAAUUUUGGUUAUUACCAGUAAGAAAGACCCGAAAACUGGAAGAAUUGAUACCGAGAAAGGCACUGUUGAGAAAUUGACAGCAACUGUUGAUCCGGUGAGUGGAAUUAUCGAAUCAAAAUAUGGCAAAAUCGAUCCACAAAAUGAGAAAAUCGUACAGAAAGAUAAAUCGGGCAAAGCUGUUGUUACACCAAUCAAAAUCGAUGAAAAUACUGGACAGAUUUACAUCAAUGACAAUAUCGUUGAUAAGAAUGGCAAAGUCGAUCCGAAUUUGUCUCAAGUCAUUAAUGUUGUCGAUCCACAACAUCCUGCUGUUGUUAUUACCACCAUAACUGCACGAAAAGACCCCAAAACUGGCUCUAUUGACCUGGCGAAUGGACGAAUGGAAACAACGAAUGGAAAAAUUAUUCCCGAUACUGGUGAAAUUGUCACCAAGCAAGGAACAAUCAAUUUGAAGUUAAUGAGAAUCACAACACGUGACCCUAAGACCGGCCAAGUACACGAAAAACCAGUCACUGUUGAUAAAGAUGAUAAUAUUAUUAUUUCGGGUGGUGUAGUUGAUCCGAAAACAAAAACUGUUGAUCCGAAUUUGGUCCAGGUUGUGCAAGUCGGAAAUGAGGUUGAUCCAGAGAUUCAAAUUACGACAUAUGUUGGAAAAGUUGAUUCGAAGAAGAAUACAAUUGAUUCGAAGAAUGCUGUUCCAGAUACAACACCGGGGCUUUACGAUCCAGAUAAAAACAAAAUUUAUACUAAGUAUGGUGUCUUGGAUCCGGUUGAAGACACGUUGAUUGUCACUGAUCCCAAAUCUGGAAAAACUGACACCAGGCCUGGACAUAUUGAUUCAAAUACUGGUGAACUGAUAUUUAAGGGUGGUUUCGUUAAUCCGAAAAAUGGUAAAGUUGACAAGGAUCUGGGACGGGCUAUUUCCGUCCAUAUUACUGAACCUGCGAUAGAUCCGGUGACGUCACAACAGCCCUCUGAGAAGGAAUUGCAGAGGGUGGCAACUACUGUACCUAAACCGGUUGAAACUAAACUUACACAACCUGGUGCGGUACAGAGUACUGUAAUACCGGCCAAAGCACCACCCGGUGAUGCUCUAGUACCCAAACGACGUAUCGUCAAAAUCAUGGUUAUAACAUCGAAAAAAGAUCCCAAAACUGGUUUUGUUGAUACAGAAAAUGGCCAAGUGGAACAAAUAACCGGAAUCGUGGACCCUACAACUGGUUUUAUUGAAACUAAAUAUGGACAGAUUGACCCUAAAUCCGGAUCGUUGAUAACACGUGAUACCGCGACUGGUAACGUUGAAAAAGUUCCGGGUAAAGUAGACCCUUCAACGGGUCAAAUCACAGUGAAUGGGGGCCCAGUGAUUGAUCCUGCGACCGGAAAACCAGACAAUACUAUAGGCCAGGUAUUUUCAGUAGUCGGUUUGAAACAAGCUCAGGAUCCUAACGCAGCUCCAAUACCCAAAAAAAGAACAAUUAAGAUCACGGUGAUAACGACUAAGAUUGAUCCUAAAACUGGUAAAAUUGAUUCGGAGAAGGGCCAGAUUGAACAGUCGACUGCCUUAUUAAAUCCUGAAACUGGUCUGAUUGAGUCUAAAUACGGUUUGAUUGAUCCUAAGAGCGGUAAAUUGAUCGUAAACGACCCCAAAUCCGGUAAAAUCGACGCCAAGUCGGCCCAAGUUAACGAAAAUAACGGCCAAGUGAUCGUUAGUAGUGGUGUUGCAGAUCCGAAAACAGGAAAAAUUGAUAAUUCUCUAGGUCAAAUCAUCAGUAUUGCUGGACAGAAUGAUCCGGUUGUUGAGAUAACAACGAUCACAGCGAAGAAAAAUCCGGUUACCGGAGCUGUCGAUGUAAAUAAUGGUCAAAUGGAGAACUCGAAAGGUAAAAAGAUUUCCGCUACCGGUGAAAUUGUUACUAAAUACGGAACAAUCGAUUUGAAAUCGGGUAAAAUCACAAGUGUGGAUCCCAAGACCGGUAAAAGCGAAUCCAGACCGAUUCAAAUUGAUCCGGAAGGAAAUAUCAUUAUUACAAGCAAUGUGAAAGAUCCGAAAACCGAUAGCGUGAAUCCGGAUCUCGGCCAGGUGAUUAAAAUUGGAUCGGAAGUCGAGCCGGAAGUACAUGUCAUCACGUUUGUUGGCAAAGUCGACCCUAAGAAAAAUACAAUCGAUACGAAAAAUAUCACUCCUGAAAUUUCCAACGCUCUCUACAAUCCCAGUACUCACAAAAUUGAUACGAAAUAUGGCCAACUGGACCCUGUUAAUGGCACUCUGACCUACAUUGAUCCUAAAACAGGUCGUCAGGAGGUCAAACAGGGCCAAAUUGAUCCUCAUACCGGACAAGUUUUGUUCAAGGGCGGUUACGUUAAUCCUAAAACCGGAAAAGUCGACCCUUACUUCGGUAGAAUAAUGAGUGUUUUAAUAAAUGACCCUCAAGUGAACAAAUCCGGAGAAAUUGUUCCAAGAACUGUUGAAAAUAUCAAGAUUGAUCCCAAAACCAACCAAGUUUGGGUAUUUGACCAUCAUGAUAAUGUUAGUAAGCAGGAUGUUUAUUCGACCGGUCAUAUUGACCCUAUUACUGGAUAUAUUAUAACGAUUUAUGGUACAAUCGACCCGAAGACUGGUGCUAUUUCAAAGAUUGUUAAAGUGGACCCAAGCAAUGCUAAAAUUGACCCUGAGACGAAUCAAGUUUUCACGAAAACAGGAGAAAUUGACGAUAGCGGUGCUCCGUUAUAUGCCGCGUCUGAAAUUGAUCAAAAAUCAGGAAACAUUUACACGAAAUAUGGCAAGAUCGAUCCGAAAACAGGCAAAUUGGUAAUAAUUCGUAUCUACAUGCUCAACGAGUCUGAUCCAACUGGUAAAGUGAAGGAAAUCGAUCCGAAAGAUUGCCAAUUUGACGAAAAAACCGGUAAAAUCGUCAAUGUGACCACCCAGACUGUGUACAUUUACACAAUGCUCGACCCUAAGACCGGUAAAAUUGUCCAAGUCAAUCCCAACGAUCCCAUGGUCAAGAGCUCUAACACGAAAGUAUCGCAAGUGUUGACACUUUCUGGUGAAAUCGAUCCCGUGACGGGUAAAAUUCACACCGAGUGGGGCGAUAUCGAUCCAGACACGCUAGAUAUCGAUCCCAAGACGGCGAGACGGGACCCUGUUACAGGCCAAUUGAUUUUGAAUUACGCCCAAAUCGACUUGAGUCACUUCCCUGACUUGAAAGACACGAAAAUUAAAGUGAAGACAUACAAAGAUGACGAUUCCAAUGCUUCGAGUGAUGACGAUUUGAACGAAUAUGCGGCUGAAAAUUUGAAAGAUAUCCCCAAUCUUUCGAUAAAAACGGCUAAAUCGCCGACGACUCCUGUGAUUGUCAAGACGACGACCAAACAGAUCGUGACGAAAGAUAAAGAUGGGGUGACGCAGAAUAUUGAAGAGAGGGUGGAAGAUGGACGGACGGGAGAAAUCACGGUUUCGACACACGUUAAUAAGGCGGAUGCACCGAUCGAUGAUGGUAAAUCACCUUUUGUUACCGCCCGUGCUGUAACGACACGUACCGCUACAACGCACGAAGAUCUAGGCACUAACGCACGCACUCAACAACUUGAAGAAAAAACCGUGGCCCAUUCGAUGACGUCGAGUGCGACAAGACAAGAACAACGCACUGUUACCCAGGAAGUAAAAACAACCAGUACUGUUGUUAGUGGAGAUCAGCUGGGCAGACGAGAUAGUGUUAGCUCGACUAGUUCAGGUGAUUCAGGCACACCCAUUGAUCCACCAGAUGAUCCAAAUCAUCCAUAUUACAACAGUAACAUCUAUAAGGAUGUUCCGGGAGGUAUUGUACAAACAGAAAGCGUGGUUUAUAGCGGCGACCCAACUAUACAUCACACAAGCACGACUUCAGUACCAGUGGUGGCAACGGAAGCAAGAAAAGUGCAUUUGACUUCUGACGAUGGUAAUUACAGUGCGACUGGUGAAAUUGUUAGCUCCCAGACUAUCAGUUCUAAGACCAGAACUGUUGAAACAAUCACUUACAAAACGGAACGCGACGGUGUGGUGGAGACAAGAGUUGAGCAGAAAAUUACAAUUCAAUCGGAUGGAGACCCGAUCGACCAUGACAGAGCCCUAGCUGAAGCCAUUCAAGAAGCCACAGCUAUGAAUCCAGACAUGACAGUUGAAAAAAUUGAAAUUCAACAACAGACGGCACAGCCGCCCCAGUAAACGAUUCUUUCAACGUAAUGGCUUUAAAAAACUGCCGAAUUUUUUUUGAAUUUAUAAUAGCUUCGCUUCAUGAUCUGUAUUAGUGUUUGCAUUCAAGGAGAAAUCUGAAGCUGGCCUCUUGUGUAUUAUAAAAUAUUUAUAAUUUAGGAUAUAAGUUGUUUUUUUUCUGUGAGUCGUGUCGUCACAUCACGGUUCUUUAAUUUUUUAAGUCAUUCGAAUAUUCUCAUAUGCUUGGUGUGUGGUCACUUUUAUUACUCUAAUCACCUUAUUUUUACUGAUUUGUUUUAUUUAUUUAGUGAACGUAUUGUAACUGAAAAGUGGAUAAACUGCAAUAAAAAAGUGCUUUCGAGGUAUAAAAAUUUUGGGAUUAAAACAAUGAAACUAAAUUCAAAUGUGUUCAGAAGAAAUUUAUUUUAAAUUAGCCCUCACAUUCCAUAAUGUAUAUUAAAAUAAAAUAUAUAUAAAUAUAAGCUAACGACGCAUUGAGUAUAAAUAAAAUUGUGGAUAUUAUACUGAAAAAGUAUUUGUUGUGUAUUUAAAAAUUUUAUGUAUUGUUUUCAAACAUGCAAGCUAUACUGUAAUGAAGGGGCCCAAAUACUGUCCGUUCUAGUGACAAUAAUCACGGAUAUAUCAGACAGUCACUAUAUUGUAUGUUGCUUUACUAAUUCAAUGUAUAUUCCAUGACAUUAAAUGUUCAUUUUAAGUUGUUCUUGGUCCCUUUUUCUCUUCCAAUAAACCAACUGAGAACAUU